AUGCAACAACACUGUGAUGUGGACACUCUCAAGCCUGUCCUAUCUUAUCCUAUCCCUGAGGCCAUCGAAGAUACUGCGGCAGCCUUCUUCCUAAGCCACUACGCACCGAUAUCAAAUCUGUCUUGCGUCCUCUCCCAUCCCUCCCUCAAGCUCACGAAGCCAGCUCUCGACGCACUCCGCGCCACCUCUUUGGCUUAUCUUUCCAUGACGCUCCCACCAUCUCUCGCCUACUUUAAUGCGCACCACAUCUCCGCCGACAUGACCCUCCUCGCCGUGCUUCUCCUUGCCCUCUUCGAGUCCCUGAGCCUCCGUGGCCCCUCCUCCGGCACAGCUUGGCUCGCCCAUGCCCGGGGCACCCAAGCGCUGCUCCGUCUGCGAAGACGGCAGCGGCGGACAAGCUGCUCCUCUUCAGGACGAGAGCUUGACCGCCUCGCGGCCCGGCAAGUUCGGGUCUCCGGCGUCCUGCGCGCCGAUCUGGUCCAGUUCAAGGAUGAGGAUUUCAGGAGAGAAGAAACGGAAGCCGCAGAGUUCAGAAUUGACGGUUUGUUGGACCACAUCAUCAAGUUGAGGCUCCUGGAGAACCUUAACAAGGGCCUUGGCCAUAACUUGGAAGCUGUGCGGCGGACGAUGGAGCUCGAUGCAGGCAUCGCUUCGAGGGCGGCGGCGCCUCUUCUACGCCCUGGCCCUGGGUCUGAAUAUGCCCGUGCCGCCAGGUCGUGGAUCACGAUGCGUAUAGUGCGCUUAUUCUUGAACCACAAGCUCCAGUCGCAGGACUUCGAAAGCGACAGCCCCGAGCUCGUCGACAGGGUCCUUGCGAUCCGCGACGACGGCCGCCGAAACAACAAACAGGUAGCCGCUGAGAUCCUGGCCAUGGUGCCGGACAUGCUGGAAGCCGCACGCGGGGGUGCGGACCUAGCAAUGGUGGCGCGGCAUCUGACAUGGCCGCUGGCGCUCUUCGCCAGCUCGGAGCUCUACCCGGCUCCUAGACGUAAGUGCCUCUUGGGGCAGCUCAAAGAAAUUAUGCACAAGUGGAAUUUGGUCCCACCAGCGGAGGCAGCUAGGUUGCUCGAGGGCUCGACGCAUCCGGGAGACUGGUAUGACGACCUACCCAGGUAUUUCUGGCCCUUUCAUGUCUAA